CUCCAUUUUAACUGGAGUAGCUUCCCUUUAUGGAGGACGAAACCUCGCGAAAAUGGGACCAAAACAGAAAACGAAAACGCCAACUAAGCAGACAGCUGAUGAUUCUUACGAUGAAAGUUUUUCUCCUGUUAAAUUUAAAGACUCACCUAUGCAGAAUAGGCAGGGAAAUCUAACAGGAAGUGCAAGAAAGUUGAAAGAUGGUGCAGCUGAUUUACACAACUUGACACAGAAAUGGCAGGUGCUAAAUGUGGAUGGGGCAAAUAUUGUCAACGAGAUUGCAAACAUUAAACUGGAAAAGAUACUGAGUCAAAAUGAAAAUAGUGAAGAGGUCAUAGAUAUGUUACCAGAGUCUCUUCUUCCUCUUUGUGAGAAAAUGGAAAAUCUCCUGAAAAAAAUGGAGAAAAUAAGAGACCGUCUGUGUGGACUUGCUGAGAUGUCCAGAGGUGUUGCACAAUUGGAACAUUACAAUAAUCCUGAAGAUGCUGAAUUUAUCAUUUUCCAAACAUGGAAUAUUGACAGAUUUGUGACAGUAUUUAAAGAAAUUUCUGAGAUGUAUGAGAAAGAAUUGCGGUUAAAACAGUGUAUCAGUGAGAAUAUAUGUCAUGGGAAAGACAGAGAGAUUAUCAUGUUUUAUACAGCUGCUUGGGUACAUGAACCUUACAUAGAAUCUAACAUGAAACUGUUGUUAGAAAGUAUGUUGUUUGAAACAAGACAUAAAACAUGAUUGUAAACAAAUGGAAUUUUUGUUGUUUUUUCAGGAAUAACUUGUCUCAAUGUAGUUAUAUAAGGAAGGUUUGAGCCUUGAAAUGUAUGAAUAACCUUUUAAUGAACAGUCGAUACUACAGACGUUUUGGUUACAUUGUUAACAUGGGUGCUUAUUGUUCAUUAUUUUGCUAACCUGACCUACUUCUGCCAAGAUGGAAAAUGUCAAAAACUUGCUAACUUCAUUUUUACUUUUUAAUGUAGGCAUAGUACCUAAUUUAAAGAACAUUUAAAAAAUGGAAUAAAAAUGUAUAUAUUGUUAUAUAUGAUCUAAUUGCAUGA